UCCAAAAUCCUUUUCACCUUUCUUUUUCCUUCCAUUUCGAAUGGCAGAUCUCGUCAAUCGACCUCGGAGCGAGCUCACUGAAUUGGAACUCGCUCGCCUUGAGGAAUACGAAUUCACCGCUGGACCUUUGAGUGUUUUGCAACAAGCUGUCAAAAACCAUGACCAAGUCUUAAUCAACUGCCGCAAUAACAAAAAGCUACUGGCCAGAGUAAAGGCUUUUGACCGUCAUUCCAAUCUUGUUUUAGAAAAUGUCAAAGAAAUGUGGACGGAGCGUAAACGAAAUGCCUCUGGAAAAAAGGGAAAAGCCGUCAAUAAAGACCGCUUUAUAAGUAAAAUGUUUUUGCGUGGAGACGGCGUUGUCCUUGUGGUACGCGUCCCUUCUGCUUAAUGUAUAUUGGUGGUUACUUCGGAUAGACUAUGAUGACCAUGCUGCUUAUCUGUUUCUAUUUUUUUUAUAGCUCUUCCUAGUCUCUUAUGAAUCAAUAAAGUCUCCUUUAUUCUUUUACAAAAUGUACUUUACUAUAUCUAACGUUAUACCACUUUUUUCUCGACCUUCUACUGUUCCGAUCACGUCCAAUACUCUCAACACAUCUUCGUUUUCA